GAUUAUUAUAAAAAUGAUGGAAUGUAUAUUUACAAAAUAAAAAAAUGGUAGAUUACGAGAACUAGCCCGUGAAAGAUCCCGCGCUUAUUCGAAGACGGCAGAGUAGAGAUGGAGCCGAUCAUCCUCUCCGACGAAGAUGACCCUUCAACGCCAUUCCCGGUCCAUUCCAAGAAACGCCGAACCGGACCGGAUCCAAAUCCGGCCACCGUCUACAUAGUCGUCGACGACCCGACUCCACAGAAGCAACCUCCUCCUCCUCCUCCUCCUCCUUCUUCUUCCAUACCUUCCAUCGUCGCCGAGACUCCAAUGUCUCCGCUACUGGAUUCCGACGUCGCAAUCGUCAAAUGCACAAGAAGAACGUCUGAUACUUCCGCUAGGGUUUCUCCUUCCGCCACUGGAAAAUUCUCAGGAAUUAGUCAAAUGAUAUGUUUGGAAUCGGAUAAUGAGUCGGAACAGUCUGGGAAGGGAAAUUGGAAUGAUAAUGAAACCAUGGGAUGGUCUUCGGAUCUUGUUGGAAAUUCAAGAUGGACUUCAAAUCCAAUCGAGCCUCUAAGUUCUCCUGAGAGUCUUAAUCUGGGUGGAAACACAACUCAAACUGAACUGACCGGGGACAAUGCUUCAAAUCCAGCAUCUUCACAAACAGAAAAUAUGAACAUGGAGCAAGAGGAGAAUGUCGAAAAUAUAAAGAGAUCCAAAGUUUCUGCAAAGGGUACAACCAAGGCAACGGGAAAAGCAAAGAUGUCAAAAGAAGAAAGAAGCCGCUUAAUGGAGGAAAAGAAAUUGCAGAAGGAACAAGAGAAGUUACAAAAAGCAGCGCUGAAGGCUGAAGCUGCAGAGCUAAAGAAAAUUGAGAAAGAAAAGCAAAAGUGGGAGAAAGGGAAGUUUGCAAUAAAAUCUAUUGUGGCAAAAAUUGAUUCAAAGGUAGUUGAAUCAGGUUCUAUUGGAGGGCAUCUGCUUACCAGAUUUGCUGAAAAAGGGCUUAAAUACCAAAUUACGUCAAAUCCAAUCACGGGAUCAAUCUUAUGGUCUAUGGAAGUUCCUGAACAUAUUUCACAGCUUUCUACUGAAAGAGUCGAGAUUCCAUAUGUCUUACUAGUUUAUGAGGCCGACAAGUUUUGUAACCUCACCAUGGAUAAUUCUUUUUUUGAUCAACUCUCGAGCAUUCAAAGUCAUUAUCCAGCUUAUACAGUUUGUUACCUCACCAAUAGGUUAUUUUCCUACAUUAACAAAAGGGAACAGGAGAAAUACAAGAACCCUGAAAACAAUAGUUCUUGGAGACGUCCACCUGUUGAGGAGGUGCUAGCGAAACUAACAACUAAUUUCACCAAAGUACACUCCAGGCAGUGUGUAGAUGAGGCUGAACUAGCUGAGCAUGUUGUUGGUUUGACGAGCAGCUUGGCAUCUUGUCAGUUUAGAAAGAAAUUAACUCGGUUAUCUGUAAAUGCAAAUGGAUCGCUUAUUCCAAAGGACAGUGUUGACCGUAAUUUAAUAAAGAAAUCUUUGUGGUUAAAAGCUUUGGUUGCUAUCCCCAAGGUACAGCCACGGUUUGCUAUCGCUAUUGGGAAGAAAUACCCAACCAUGAAAUCCCUGUUAAGUGUUUAUAUGGAUCCAAGUAAAUCGGAGCAUGAGAAGGAAUUUUUACUUAAAGACUUGAUGACGGAAGGUUUGCUUGGUGGUGACAGAAGGUUAGGUCAGGUUUGUUCAAAGCGAGUGUACAGAAUUCUAAUGGCGCGAAGCGGAUCCAUUAGAACAGAUGAUGUCGAGGAUGGUGCUGAUUUCUUUGAGCGUCAAUCCUGAAUAGCUUUACAUGUAUCGGGUUUUGUUUUUUGGGGUGGGAGGAGAAAUGGCCUUUUCCACCUGCAGGGUUGGAUUUGAACCCUGCAUCUAAAGGAUGUCUACCAACUCUUAUUCUACCACAUAAGCUAUCCAGAGGGGGCGGGCAUAUACCGUGUUCAAGAAUGCGUGUCAACAUGUUAAUAUGCAUGGGCUUUCAUUUCUAAAUUGCACACUCUUUUUAACCAAAAUAUGGAAGAUAAGAACUUGUAGAAAAGAAUCACAAUGAUGUACAUACUACUAAGCUAACUGCUAAUUGCCAUGCAUGGAUAGGGCAGAAAAUUUUAUUUUCCA